AUGGCCCCCAGAACUUGGAUUGCUCAUAAAGGAACCAACGAAAAGGACCCUGCCCACGAAUUGAAGAAUGGAAAGGUAAAGAAAACUUACCAAAUACCCAAAACCAGCCACCACAAGGAAUGGGCCAGGGAAUCGCCACUUCAGCCAAAGGACACUCUCACAACGGAUACGGAUCGGAUUACGCCACUGAAACAGAAUAACAAGCAAAUCAUACAAACCAAAACAUCACCACUAGCAAAACUAUUUGAGAAAGAGGAAGAGAAAGAAAGAAAAGCGAGGCAGAGGCAACACCAAGAGUUACUUAGAAAGAAAAAGCGAGACGCGGAAUUUAGGAGAGAACAACUUGAACAGAGAGAAAAGAUUAGGAAACAGAGAAUUCAAGCCCAGCGAGAAAGAGAAGCCAGAGAAAGAAAAGAGUAUGCAGAAAAACUCAGAAAAGAAGAAGAAGCACUAAGUUGGUUUGAAGACCCAGGGUACACGAACUUGCUGGGUGCAUGGGACUCAACUUCGGAAUCAGAAAUUGAAGUUAUAGAUUUAGAGGGAAACGAUUCAGACAUUGAGGAGAUCUACCGCACAAGCCCCAAAACAGUACAAACUAAUGAAAAGGAUCCAGAGUACAUAAAGCGAGUGUUGGAACACAUGAGAGCCCAAGAAAAAGAAAUGAUGCAAGAAAUAACGGCACUGGAAUUUGAAAUACAAGGAUUAGAAAAAGUAAACUCACCACAACAAAGAUUGCAGGAAGAACAGCCCAAGUCAAUGCUCAAAACACCUCCCAAGAUCGCCCAUGAACACUCCAGCAGCACCAUUCCAUCAGAAACGAACUCUGGGCACACGACGUCUCCAGAAGAACCAGCAAAACCAACGGAAAACACAGAGACACUGCAACAGAAAGAAAUAGAGGUUAAAACAGAACAGCACCACAAUGAACCAAACACAAAAAGAAAAAGAAUAAAGAAAACUAAAACAAUCAGAUGUAACAAGUGCAGACAAAGAGACCACUCCACCAAAGAGUGCAAAACCAACCUUUAA